AUGACAAUCACCGGCAACAUGAGUAUCGAACGAUACGUUCACACAGCAUCCACAUUAGCAAAUGGACUAGUAUUAGUUAGUGGCGGAAGCAUCGGUGGUAUGUCUUUCAAUAGUGCUGAAUUGUACAAUCCAUCAACCGGCACUUGGACAGCUACAGGAAGCAUGAAUGUCGGACGACAAUUUCAUGCAGCAUCCACAUUAGCAAAUGGAUUAAUAUUGGUUGUUGGUGGAAUGAGUAGUAGUACUGUCAAUAGUGCUGAACUGUACAAUCCAUCAACCGGCACUUGGACAACUACAGGAAGCAUGAAUGCCGCACGAAUACGGCACACAACAUCCACAUUAGCAAAUGGGUUAGUAUUAGUUACUGGUGGAUCCAACUUUGAUUGUCUCAAUAGCGCUGAACUGUAUAAUCCAUCAACAGGCACUUGGACAACUACAGGAAACAUGAAUGCCGCACGAUACUAUCACACAGCAUCCAUAUUAGCAAAUGGAUUAGUAUUAGUUGCUGGCGGACUGGGCAGCAAUUAUAUUGAUAUCAAUAGUGCUGAAUUGUACAACCCAUCAACAGGCACUUGGACAAUCACAGGAAACAUGAAUGCCGCACGAUACUAUCACACAGCAUCCACAUUAGCAAAUGGAUUAGUAUUAGUUGCUGGCGGGCAGGGCAACAAUUAUACUGAUAUCAAUAGUGCUGAAUUGUACAAUUCAUCUACAGGCACUUGGACAACUACACGAAGCAUGAAUGCUGCUCGACAGUUGCAUACAGCAUCCACAUUAGCAAAUGGAUCAGUAUUAGUUGCUGGACGAGUGUUCAAGGGUGAUUAUCUCAAUAGUGCUGAGCUUUAUCAAUCGAUAUUCACAGAAUGA